AUGGGUCGUAAACGCGAUCGGUCGAAAACGCCUGAGGUGCCCUGGGAGCUGCUGCCGAGCGGAGAUGGAGUUCCGGUUGCGCCAAUCGCAGGAGCUGAGCUUGUUCAGCCAAAGGCAAGCCGGUCGCAGUCUGCGGAUCGACCGAGUGCUGAAGUCAGAAAUGGCGGUGGAGCCAAACCUGUCGAUCCUGCACUUGUAGCUGCUGCAGCUGCCAACGAAGAACGAGAUGCAUGGCGGCGCCUCGUUAUUGUGCUGGCUCAAUCGCGCGGAGACCGCAAAGUGGAAGCUCUGUUGAAAGAGAGGCAUCCAGAGCUGCUUCAAGUGGCGGAGAAGUGUGGUGCCUCUGGCAAGGCGACGAUGACUCUCCAAGCUGCCAAGGAUUCUGCACGAGAAUGGUUCGCCCGAGGUCUGAGAGGUGGCAAUCAGCAUGGGCCUGCUGCACGAGCCAAACUUUGCAAGCAACUGGCAGGGCAGCUCCAGGAGCACGCAGCGUCGGUGUGUAGCAGCGCCACCGCGGCACACAUAGCCAGUGUCCUGGAACGUGGGCGGCCGGAAGAAGAAGGUCCGCUUAUUUGCGCGACGAUGGCCCGGGAGUUGCGGGGAAGCCGCUAUGAAGGGCUGUGGAUUUCCCGCAAGGGGCCAGCAGGGCACUACUACCUGGGAGACGAGCACGAAGGUGCGAACCUUCCUUCAACAGACAAGGAUGGAGAUCCUAUCCAUCCGCGCGUGCAUGCAGUCGUGAAAGUUGUGAACGAGCAGCUGGUGAUAAGUGGAUUCUUCCUCGACCCGGAAGAUGACACGAUGAGUCCUGCCAAGGUGCCGAUCGGACCCUUUCUGAGCGUUUACUUCGAAGGCAUGUCCGUCCGCGAGGCUUCAGCUGCCUGGAAGGGCGGGCCACCUGCAAGACCGAGACCUGCACCCAAAGUGAAGCAAGGCCCAAUAACAGAUCCAAAGUUAAAGGAGCUGCAGGCAGGCUUGCCGCCUGGCUGGGAAGUACGAGAAUCUCGAUCAAAAAAGGGCAUCUACUUCUUUGCCCAUCCCUCGUCUGGCCGCUCGCAGAUGGCCUGGGAGCGGGGCAUCGUGGGACAAAGGCAAGCCAUCAAAAGGGCAUGGAUGCCCGGGUUGGCCUUGACAAGGGCCAAGCAUGCUGACGCUGUACAGCUCCUCCGAUUGCCAGCAGAGAACUGCUUCGGACGGGGCAUCACCGCUUUCGACAAGAGCUACACCCAGUUUGAGCGACUCUACAUGACCAUCGUUGAACAGCUCAUGGAGGCAAGUGCGGUCGGCCGCCGCACCAAUCAAGAGCAUGUGCAGUACAUGACUGGGGAUUUGGUCAAAUCCGGUAUGCAGCGCAGUGCCAUGGCUGCUGCACAGCAUGGCUUCUCGCGGAUGUCGCGGCUUCGUCAAGCAGUGCUCAGCCUGUUUGCCGGUGUGCUGUUUUGGUCCUCCUUCCUGGAGCAGGACCGGAGAGACUCUGAACUGAAUGCAGUACGACAGCUUCAUAAACAACUCGCGCAAGAGAAGGGUCUUGUGGCCUCCUUUACCGCAGCGGCGGCAGCAGCUGAAAAAAAGGCCGAGGCCGCCGCAAUCAAGCUCAAGGAGGCAGAGGCACAACUGGCCGCCAAGGUGCCUGACGGCCCGUCACUGAGUUCAGUGACGCAGAAGGAGGCUCCGCUCGCUCCUCUCGGUGACUCAGCGCCUCCGCCUGGUCACUACACAUCGAUAGGCUUGGCUGCCGUGGCAGACAAGAAAUACCAGAAACGAUUCGCCAUCUCAAUUGCGAGCCAAAGAUGCUACGCCAAGAAACACGGCUAUGAGUAUGCGGUCAUCGACCCCUCAGAGUAUCCGGCCUGUGACAAAUUUCGUGAUUUCUUUUUCCGGAAGCAUUGCUCAGUGGCACGUUUUCUCGAGACGACAGUGGGUGAUCACAUUCUGUUUGUUUUCGACGGCGACAACCCCGUGGUUUGGCUUGACAGAGGCUUGGAUCAUUGGUUGAAGGAGGUGGCCGCAACGGAUGUUGUCCUGUACGAGCGUUGGAUGAAUAACGAGAUCAUGGCAGGAAACUACGCAGUGAGGAACUCUGACUUUGGCAUCCGCUUUCUUGACGAUUGGGCCAGCUUUGAAGAGGAGCUUCCAAGAAGUGGCUACCACUCCUCCGACAACGGUGCCAUUCACCUACACUUGCUUCGUGUACUGGGCUUGAAGAAUGAGAAGCCGUGCAAGUACCAGUGGGACCAUCUUGGAAGCGAUCGUGAUCAUAUGGACGAAUACUACGGGUUCGUUACUUGCGCAAGGCUGGUGAUGGGUGCCCCAAGACGGUGGAAGAUAGCUGGCACACCGCGAGUCACGAUCCUACCUCGAGGUCAUGCCUGGGCAAUCGACGGUGGCGAUGCUGACAGCCACGUGUCGUCAGUUGGUGCGAUUUCACAUCAUGGACAGAAGACGGAAGCAAACUAUCGACAGUAUUUUCAGGACAGCUUCGUUGACAACGGCGGCUCCGACUGCGAUGUGAUGGUGAGGAAAGGCUUCUAUGUCGACCCGCGGCAGUACGGCGACUCACUGUGGAGCAAGCUGAAAGCGCGUACUGACGGCGCCAUGCUGGACUGGACUCGACAGCAUGUUCCACCCUGGGACUUCGCCUACUUGGGCUGCAUGGCGACCUUGUCAUGCCGGCCGCUGGAUGACGGUGAAGCCCUCUCUGUCAGCAUACCCAGGCCUGUGCAGUCGUCGAUUCCCUUCAAGAAGGUCCCGAAAGAUGCCAAAUUCGAGGUGUGUGCCGGAGAAUGGGAGACCUGUAAAUGUGUGGGCUUGGUGUACUUCGGAACGAAAACGCGCCGAAGUCCUGUCGUGGAGGUCCAAGCUGGCGAAGGCAAAAUUGACUGCCGUGCUGAUAACUUUGACGGUGAUCCAGCUAUUGGCGAGAUCAAGAAAUGCCACUGCGCACCUGUUGCCGAGAAACGGUGCGAUGCGCUCCUCAGCACAUCUGGAGAUCCCUUCCGGGAGGUUCAAGCCGCUUCUCUAUGUCAGCGCCUGGGCCUCCUGAAGCAAGAUGUCGACUUCGGGGGCAGCAAUCAAGUCAUGCAUUUUGACUCCAGCCUCUUAGAAAAAGCGCACAGAGUCCUCCAAAUGGAAACAUAUGCCGAGGUGCAAGAGAUGGCACGUGCACUAAUUCAGGACUUCGAGUCUUUGUGCAAGGUCUUGUUGCACCUAAAUGACAACCAAGCCAAGCCGGAACUCAAAGAGAAUGCAGAGUUGACUUCUGCAAUCUUGAGGCUUGAGCAGGUAUGGGCGGACUGCCAGUUCAUCCUUCACCAGGGCUGCCUGGACUUCAUCGAGGUCUUGGAGAGAGAAGUGUUGCCCCAGCUUAGUCCGAUGUUGAGAUGGCAGAUCCGAGUUGCCCUGGGCUUCUCUGAAGGAAGACCUCUGGACCCCGAAGUUACUCAAGCGGACAUUAAGGCGGCGAAGGUGGCACUGUACCAGACGGUGCCCAUGAUGGUCUAUGUGGAGGAGCUUUGGCGGGAUGCCAACCCAGAAGAAUCCAGUCGCAAACUACGCUUCGUGGAGCUCUGCUGUCCUCAGGAUGACCGGCACCACACUUUGCGGCGAGACUUCGGAAAAUUUGAUGAGAAGAGAUUCAAUGAAUUCCGGACCUUUAUCACUGAUGACGAGCAGAAUCGCGGUGGAGCAAACCGUCAGACAGACUUCUUCCGUCUGGUCUACAGACAAUUGAAGGCCGUGGCCGCUUUUCCAGUCCAGGAGAACUUUGCGGCAGCUGUUCUGGCAGCAUCCAAAGCGCAGGAGAAUCUGAAGCAACCUGGACUCAGUGACCAAGACAUUGCCGUGGUCCAGCGUGAACAGGAGCUCCUGGAGGGCGGCGCCCGAUGGAUCUGUCUGAUGCUCAAGGUCCAGGCCGUGGCCCCCGGCCUGUUUCCCAAGAAGCCGCCAGAAAAAUCUGAUAGAGAUCGUCCCCGGCAUAACAGCAAAGGCCGCCGCAUGUCCGCGGCAACACAUUUGGCUGGCAGGCGUGGCUCUACUGUCAACGCUUGGGAGGCACUGGAGGCAGUAAAGGAAGGCUGA